AUGCCAGCUCUUCUCACCAUUAGCUCAGUCGAGUCGAGUCGCAUCGCAUCUCAUCGCAUCGCAACCCCGGCAUUGAACCCGCCAGAAGAAACACCCCAAAUCCGAAACUCGAAACACCUCAGAUCUCAGGAUCGUCUGCAUCCUCGCGUCCUGUCGCAUCGAAUCGCAUCGCAUCCGGUUCAAUCCGGUUCCUUCCAUUGUCUCCCCGCCUCUGCCGUCUUUGCUUCUUCUACCUGGACCGAGCCCAGCAAGGCUCGGAGCGCCGACGACAUGGCCAUCUGGGUCGGGAAACAGAAAAUGUCAUGCCGGUCUUGUAUCAAGGGCCACCGCUCCUCAACAUGCAAUCACCUCGGCGGGCCUCUAUGGGCAGUACGUCCGGCCGGCAGGCCCAACAAGGCAUGCGUCCACGGGCCAGGCGACCUCUGCCUCUGCGCGCACUACUUUCCUCUCACCUGGCUCAAGGCCGCCAUCCCGCGCAACAAGAAGUGCUCUUGCCAGGGACAAGGGAGCAGCGGCAAGAAGUGCAUGUGUGGUCACGGCAAUGGAGCAGCGGCAUCAACGCCCGACGAAGAGACACAGCCCAUCUUCUUCCAGGAUCUGGUGGCCCGAGGCCUGCAAGUGACGACCGAGCCAGUUGACAUCGACGUGCCUACACAACAACCUUCCGCGUCCUGUUGCUCAGGCCCAACGCCGGCGCCGGCGCCAAUACCAAAACCAGCGCAGUCUUCUUGCUGUUCUCAGCCUGCCUCAACUGCGCCGGCGCCUCCUAUUUCAGCGCCAGCGCCGUCAUCCUGCUGUUCUCAACCAGUAAAAUCCGAAGCUUCAACCCCCGCACCAUUCACAAAUGGGAACGGGCACAUGAAGACCGAAUCAUUCUCCUCGACUCCUUUCGCGACACCCGCGCCCGUACCGGCGCCGCAGUUUCAACCAACGCCCGACUUUAAGGUUUUGGCAUUGAACGCAGCCCAGGCAGCCAACGCGAAUCACGGCGAUCAUAUGUGCGAGUGCGGGCCCACCUGUAAUUGUGUGCUCUGCAUCGACCAUCCCUACAAUACUGCCACGAUGAACCACAUCGCCUCGGAAUUUGGGCACAUGAUGACUACGAAUGACUCGACUAUAUCACCGACCAUUGGCCACAACGGCGGCGCGUCUACUGCAUUCAACCAAGGAUGGCCGCCGAGCAACGGCGCCAUGGCCAACAGCAUGAUGGCACCAGCGCAAACCUUCAAUGACGCAGUGAUGCCACACCAGUCACCACCGCAGCAACCUAACGACAUCUUCCUAAAUCCAGCCGACUUCCAGAUGUUCAACUUUGCGUUCCCGCUCGAUAACAUCAACCAGUACGACCCGCAGCCCGACUUCAGCUUCGGCGCGAUGGCGCCCGACAUGGACAUGAGUGGGUUGCUACGGAAGAUGCCCCGCGACCGCAGAGACGAGCUCGGCGAAGCCUCAAGAGCUGGCCACGGUGGUGCGAGAGAAGGGAGCUACGGCCAGCAUGAAUAUGACAGUCACGAUGCACGGAGGACGGUUGGGUCGAGAUCGAGAUCGCCCAGGAGACGGCCUGCUGCAGAAGACUUCUACCGAGAAAGGUCGCCAGAACGCCAUGCAAGCCACCACGACCGACACAGGCGGCACCGACACCGCUCCCGAGACGUAGCCAGCGAGUCCCCCGUCCCGGGCGAGGACCGAAAGAGGCACGACCGUCGCCAUGACCACCACCGUCACCACCACCGAAGCAAGCACACAGCCACCGCCGACCUACCGUCCAACGCGCGCCCUCUGUCGUACAAGCACGACCUCGACGCCUUCACGCCCCUGUUCGCUUACUACCUGGACGUGCAGAAGAAUUUGGACUUCUACGAGCUCGACUCACAGCAGGCGCGCGGGCGGUGGAAGAGCUUUGUGAACAAAUGGAACCGUGGCGAGCUCGCGGAGGGGUGGUACGAUCCGGAGAUGUUCGAGCGCAUCACGCGGGAUGCCCCUCCUGCUCCUGCGAGGACAGCUAGUGCGCGGCAAGACGAUGCGCCCAGAGGCCGCGGCGAAAGUGAGCAGGGAGAGCGGGAAGGAUCUGCACCCUCGCACAGUCCGCGUGCUGCCCUGCCCAAUGACCAUGGGCGACGAGAUCUGAACAACGACGACUCCGACUCUGACUACGGGCCCCCGCCGCCCCCAGGUCAGUCCGACCCAACUGCAGGCGGCGACCGCAAAGGUCCCGGCAUUCCCACCCUGUCCGACCUAGACCUGCAGCGCGAGGCCGCGGCCGAGGAGCGGGAGGAGCAGCGGAACGACCUUCGGCAGGCGCGCAAGGUGGACCGCGCGCAGCAGAAGGAGCGGCUGGACGACCUUGUGCCGCGCGCGGAGCCCGGGACGCGCGAGCGGAUGCUGGAGAAGAAGGCGCUGGUCAACGACAAGAUGAAAGGGUUCCGCGAGGGCGGGGACGCGAUGGAGGAGGUGGGCGACGGGGACCUGAUGGGUGGCGGGGACUCGAUCGCUGAGCUCAAGCGGGCCAAGGCGGCGAUGCAGCGCAAGAAGACGGAGCGGGAGCUGCGGCGCGAGGCGGAGGCGAGGGCGCGCGAGGAGGAGAGGCUUGAGAGGUUGAGGGAGUGGAAGGAACGGGAGGAGGAGAAGCUGAGGGGGCUGAAGGAGUUGGCUAGGGCGAGGUUCGGGUAG